AUCCCAUUCUCCAUCGUGGACGUUUCAAGAUCUCCGAAAAAACCCUAACCCCCCAAUUUACAUCGAGCCUUCCCUUUUGAAAGUUUUUUUUCCAUAGAAAAGGUAAGAUUCUAAUGGAAGCCUCAACGGCUCUUCGAUCUGCGCCGAUUUCUCUCAAAUUUGGCGAUUGCGGUUCGAGAUCUUGCGUCGUCGCUGCUCGUCGGCGUAAUUUUUCUUCUGAUUCUAAAUCCAAUCUCUCCAGUGGAUUUCUAAAGGGCCGAUGCUCAAUCUCUUUAUUGAAGCAAGGGAAGAGGCAGUCAUCUCUUAUUACAUUUCAGAGGAAGUCUGGAAUUAGAGCAUCAUCUACAUCGUCUUCGGAUCAUUCUGAUUCUUCCUCUCCGAUUGCUCCGCUUCAAUUGGAGUCGCCAAUUGGCCAGUUCCUAUCUGAGAUACUCUACAGCCAUCCCCAUCUCCUUCCUGCUGCUGUUGACCAGCAACUUGAACAGCUUCAGUUGGAUCGAGAAGCCCAGAAGGAGCAAGAUGAACCACCUGCUUCCGACACUGACAUCGUUUUAUACAGGAGGAUCGCCGAGGUGAAGGCCAAUGAGAGGAAAAGAGCUUUAGAGGAGAUACUCUAUGCUUUGGUUGUUCAAAAAUUUGUGGAAGCCGGUGUUUCCUUGGUUCCCUCUUUAUCUCCAUCAUCUGGUCCAUCAGGGAAGGUGGAUCAGUGGCCAUCUGAGGAUGACAAGCUCAAAACCCUCCAUUCUCCAGAGGCUUACGAGAUGAUCAACAACCAUCUCUCCCUUAUCCUGGGCCAGCGCUUGGAUGAUCGAAUCUCUGUUGCCCCAAUUAGCAAGCUCAGGGUCGGGCAAGUAUAUGCAGCCUCUAUAAUGUACGGUUACUUCCUUAAGAGAGUGGAUCAGAGAUUCCAGCUUGAGAAGUCCAUGAAAACUCUGAAAGAAUCAAUGUCCGAUGAGUCUCAGCCCUCCGAUACAAAACCUCAUCCUGAAGUCUCUUCAUUGUCUUCUUCUCCGAGCCUUAGUGGGAUUGCUGACAGAAUCAAGCCAUGUAAAUUGAGAACUUAUGUCAUGUCAUUUGAUGCAGAAACACUUCAGAGUUAUGCAGCUAUAAGAUCGAAGGAAGCCCUUGGCAUCAUUGAGAAACAUACAGAGGCUUUGUUUGGAAGGCCAGAGAUUGCCAUCAGUCCUCAGGGGACCAUUGAUUCUUCCAAGGAUGAGAUCAUCAAGAUAAGCUUUGGUGGGCUCAAGAGACUCGUAUUAGAGGCUGUGACCUUUGGUUCUUUCUUAUGGGAUGUUGAGAGCUAUGUGGAUUCUAGGUAUCAUUUUGUUGCUAAUUAAGUACUGUUUAGUUCAGAUGUCGGUAAUAAGUUUGUUGCAAGGCUGUUGACUUAAGUAACUUCUGUAUGUGUAAAAUAUUUUGAAUAUUAAACACGGUAACUUAUUGCAAUAUGAUGAGUUGUUUUUCA